CGUCCAGCACCCGUCAGUCGUGCAGCUGUUCAUCCUCCACUCCUCUAACUUCUGUCUCUUUCUUCUAUUUAUUCACUUAUUUUCACCUCCACCGCUGUGACGGGCUUCAGGAUUUAAUCCCCGAGAUGAGUUCUGUGUGGAAGAGACUGCAGAGGGUCGGGAAAAAGGCCACCAGGUUCCAGUUCGUGGCUUCAUAUCAGGAGCUUACAGUGGAGUGUACAAAGAAAUGGCAGCCUGAUAAACUACGUGUGGUGUGGACCAGGAGAAACAGACGCAUCUGCUCAAAGCUUCACAGCUGGACGCCGGGGAUUAAAAACCCAUACAGAGGCACAGUGGUGUGGCCCGUCCCCGAGAAUGUGGACAUCACCGUCACACUCUUCAAGGAUCCUCAUGCUGAUGAGUUUGAGGACAAAGACUGGACCUUCGUCAUCGAGAAUGAAACAGUGAAGGGCCAGCGUAAGGUUUUGGCUUCAGUGGAUGUGAACCUGAAGAAGUUUGCGAGUGCGACAGUGACACAGAAGGACCUGACACUAAAGCUGAAGCCCUUAUCAGUGAAGGUGACUGAAGCCACAUUAAAGCUCUCGCUCUCCUGCGUAUUUCUCAAAGAGGGAAAAGCCACAGAUGAGGACAUGCAGAGUGUAGCGAGUCUGAUGAGUGUGAAGCCAACAGACGUCGGGAACCUGGAUGACUUUAAUGAGAGUGAUGAAGAGACAGAUACAUCAGGCGCAGUUGUUCCCACACACCCAGUCCUGGUCCCUGUCUCUAACCCAACACUGUAUUCUCGUCCUCCUUUACCUGCUCCCUCUAUUCCAUCUCUCCGUCUAUCAGGCUCUCCCUCUGAACAUCGGUCGACUCCGCCCAUCACACACACACGCAGACCCUCGCAAACACACACACACUCACACACACUUACACCUGGUGUGUCUCCUCCAACGCUGCCUAAAAUCUUCCAGCCUUCACCUGGAUCAGCUCCUGCAGCCUUCACCAGGAGAUUUUCUGCUACAGAUGACCUCAGCAUGACCCCCGCUGUGACCUCUGACCUGCUACAGCCACACCACUUUGAUGCUGUUUCCUAUAAACCUGCUUUUAGCCAAACUCUCGCUUCGUCUGACAUCCAGACAGACGCUCCUCAGCUUUCUGUUCUCAAUACCAAACUCGUACCUCCUCCCGUCUCUCCGUCUCCUGUCCUCUCCUGCUCACCUCACGCUCUGUCUCAGUCGUCCAGCUCAGCAUCAGCUCCUUCACUUCCCUCCUGUUUGGAGAAGUGGAGCUCAUCUGGUCCUGACCCCAUGACCCCUGUGCCUUUACUCAUCAGCCCUGAUCUCGAUGCAUUCUGUGAACCUGUUUCUGCCCCUGUUUCUUUCUCAGACCCCCCUGUUACCCCCCAGUCUGCCCCAGUGUCUCCCCCGCACCUGGACCAUGUCCUAAAAUCUGCCCAUUCCACUUACUCUUCACUUCUUGCUUCUUCUCCUCUUUCCUCUCAUUCUUCUCUCUCUGUCGUUCCUCAGCCUCCUGCUUCACUCUUAGACUCUUCAGAGUUUAAGGCUAACAGCGGCGAGGCUAACAGAAGCGAGGCUAACAGCGGCGAGGCUAACAGAAGCGAGGCUAACAGAAGCGAGGCUAACAGAAGCGAGGCUAACAGAAGCGAGGCUAACUCUCGGUCCAUUCCUGCACAGUGUGCUGAUAAACAGAGUCUGGGGUCAGUGCUCAAAGCAGGAAAGUCUGAUGAACUUCCUGUAUCUGAGGAUGUGGAGGACAUCAAGACUGUCCCUCCUCCGUGGCCUUUCUCCGUAUCUGGAUCCGUGUCUCGGUCUAUGUCCUCCAUCCCAGACAGACGAUCGGGAGACGUGUUGUGGGCGGAGCGUCCACCUCUCGCAGAAGAGGAGCCUGACUUUACAGUUGCAGACCUUAACGACGUGUAUGUGACGUCUCAAGAUGCGGAGAAUAAAAGUCUACCUACUACAGACAGAACUUCACCCACUGAGAUACAGGCUGAUAAAGAGGCUCCUGUCCCACCUGUGGUCAUACUCUUCAUCACAGAGGAUGAUGAGGAGUCACCCAAAAUGGCAGAACCAAAGGAGGAACCUGUGAGUCAAACUGUUCUGACUUGUUCUGAUGAGGACAAAGUGACGAUUACAGACAGCAUCAUCGAGUGUGAGGACGAGAAGAAACAUGAGCGAGAGGACAGCACUGUGAGGGACAGCAGCUUAAAUCAAAUCUCUACAAAUCCAAUAAAAAUCAGUGCUGACUCCCAAGUCACAGAGCCUGAAACACCCACCACUGAAGACAGACACUCUGAGGACACACACACCACAGACGCAGCCAUCACAGACACACACACUCCUGAUCCCCCCAGCGGUCAGAGUGAGAUCCCUCUGUGUGCAGCGAGAGCGAGGGAUCAGAAAGACGAGCUGGACGUCAGAGAGGAGACACACAGAGACACUUCACAUGGAGACAGUAACAUGGAGGUUUUCACAAGAGUGAAGGCAGAAACAGCAGGUUAUGAAACGGUGACGUCCAUGUCGAUUCCUACAGAAACCAACAAUCCUGAAGACACAGAAUCUGCAAACCAAGAGUUUGAAAUCCUUCCACCUGAAGCCUUCUGUGAUACAAACCUGAUCACAGCUACAAAAGGAACUACAGAGGAGCAUCACAAAGCACCGAUUAAUGAAGACAUUAACACUCAGAUUUCCUGUGAGGAUGCGAGUCAUGUGACAUCUGCCUCUGAGCCUUCAGGACAGAGCCUAGUGGAUUGCUUGAGGUUGGCUGCCUCAGAGGUAGAAAGAGAGGCAGAGUCUGUAAAAAAACAACCAGAAGCUGAAAUAAGCAACAGUAAAAGAACAGUACACAAGGUGAACAUCAGCAAGGAGUCCACAGGGGUAGGAGGCCAAACCUGCAGAAAUGAACAGAAACUUAAAGCAAAUGAGAAUUCAGAACCAAAUAUUGAGAAGUUCAGAAAGCCGUCUCAAUCUCCAGACUCUAGUACAAGUCCAGAUAAUAAUAAUGGUCUUUACUCCAAUGAGGAUGUUCCAGUUUUAAAAGAAGUUGAUUUUGAUGACAUAGCAAGUGAAGAACAGAGCACGAAUGAAGAACCUGGAGAAAUUAUACCAGAUCUUCAGAAGAAAGAGACAUAUGUGUGUCCCUUGGUUUUGUCUGAAAGUGUAGAGGAGGAGCUGGAGUUUGAGACGGGGCAGGAGGACCUGGGGACAGUGUGGCUCGCUGAACUCUAUAUGGACGAAGGACAGAUGGAAUCACCAGCAUCAUAUGAGAUCAUCAACACACAGCCUGAAGCCGUGUCACAGAACUCUCCAGCUGACAAAACAAAUCCUCCGCAAGAUGCAAAAGACGCAAAACCUCGUGAAAACAAGCAGAACAGAGCUUCAGUGCAGGAAGUUGAGCCUAAUGUUCCCUCUGGGUCCAGUGCUAUUGUUCUACCACAUUACAACACAAACAAAGGAAAUGGAAGUAAGAAUGAGGAAGUGAAGUGGGGAAGUACGAUCUCUCCAUCAGAGCGCACUUACAAAGCCAUCACACAGGCUGAACUUACUGUUCUUCAAACGAAGACAGAACAUCUUUUUUUAGGAAAAACAGGAAAGGUUCAGCCAGAUGAAGAUAAACAUGCCCCAAAUCAUGUCAGUAGACCUUUAGGAACAUCUAAAGAUAAGACAGAUGAUGGCAGUAGAUCUUCAGAAAUAGCUGAAGAACUGGGAGAUAACAUCAAGAGGUCAUCAGAAGCAGAACUAGAACAGCCAGAUGGUGUAAACACUAAAGAUGAACCAGGUGAUGCUACCCCAUGUUUGAGAAAAGAUCAGACAGAUGAUGGCAAAAGAGCAAAAGAGCAAGAAAACACCAGCAGAUCUUUAGGAACAGUGAACAAAGAGCUAGAUAAUGUUCAGAGACCUUCAGGAAUAGCUAAUGAACAGCCAGGUGAUGGCCAAAGAUCAUUAGGAACAGUCAAAGAAGAGCUCAAACAAUCUUUAGAAGAUGCUAAAAAACAACCAGAGGAUGUAAAAGAUCAGCCAGAUGAUGACAAGAGAGCAGCUGGAAAACAGGUAGAUAAUCAUCAGAGACAUUUAGGAGCACCAAUAGAACAGCCAGCCGAGGUCGAAGGAUUCAUAGCAUUGUCUAACGAACCGCUUGAUGAUGUCAGCUUUAGAGCUUUAGAAACAAGAACAGAAGAGCCGGAGGCUAGCACAAGAACAGCUAAACAUCUGUCAGAUGAUGUCACCUUUAGAUCAGUUAACAUUCCUUCAGGUAGCUCAGUGGAGCCACAGCAAAAAAACUCAGCAGAAUCUCUUAAUGAAACUACUGAAGAAUCUUCUGUUGUGUCAGAAGAGAGCUUCCUGCUGGAAAGGAUUUGCCAAAUGGCAGAGGACACGUCACCACCGUCUGUUCCUGUUUCUGUCCCGGUUCCUCGGCCCAGAAAGCGUCUCGUCCCCUCCGAGUCUGACUUUGAUCUUACACUGACACCUCCACUACAACACAGAGUCUACACUAUAUCACCAGAACAGAGUCAACUUCCUGUGUCAGAGGUCACUGUGACCUGUGAAGAUCCCACUGCAGAUGCUGCUGAGCUUCACGCUGAUGAAACAGAGACGAGUAAAAGCCAGAAGGAGCAAGUGUUAGAGGAUGAGAGAAAAGAGACACAAAACACAAAAUCCAACAAAGAAACUUUGGAAAACGUUCCAGCUCACAGAGUUGGUGCUGAGUAUGAGCUCGACGGAGCUCGAAUAGAAACGCUGACCGCUGCUCCGCUCCUGGACCAUCUGUGCGAGCUGCUGAGUAAAGAUUCAUCUUGUUCAGGAAUCUCAGGCUCCAUGUUGAAAGAGGAAAGUGAAGCUGCACUUGUGGAGAACGACAGCAGAAACUCUCUGUGUGAGGAAUCGGUGAAGACGUCGCUGCCUGUUCUGCCUCAAAGCACAAAGAAAAACAUCCCUCCACCAGUCAAUCUACAGGAAGUCCAACACAACACUACACCUGAACAGGUGGUGUCUCCCCUCCCAGCCCCCGCCCUUGUGAGCAGCAGUCAGUCAUUACUGCAGUGGUGUCAAGAAGUAACGCAGGGCUACAGAGGUGUGAAGGUGACCAACUUCAGCACAUCCUGGAGGAAUGGCCUGGCUUUCUGUGCCAUCCUGCACCACUUCCACCCAGAUAAGAUUGACUUUGAUGCCCUGGAGCCUCAGGAUAUAAAGCUGAAUAACAAGAGAGCUUUUGAUGGGUUCUCAGAGUUGGGGAUCUCCCGCCUCUUGGACCCUUCUGAUCUAGUUCUGCUGUCGGUUCCAGAUCGGCUCAUGGUGAUGACGUACCUUAGUCAGAUCCAAUCACACUUCUCAGGUCAGAACCUCAGUGUUUUGCAGUUAGAGAAGAACAGCAGCAAGUCCAGCUAUACUGUUUCCCAGCCAGACCAAACCAAUGGCACAGACACUCUGGAUGGAGACGGACCAACCAGCACGACUCUGAUCCCCCCGCCUCGGACCAAACGGCCAGUAAAAGGGGAUGACAUGAAGACGGAUGGAGGAGUGCAGACUCCAGUAGCACCACCACGGCACAGACAGCAGGAGGAGAAAGAACAGAUUGAGCAGGCAAAUAAAGAUGAAGAGAAAAACCCAGCAGCAGACACAACACAAGCUGACUCACCCAGAUGUGCAGAUGAGCAAAUGACGGACACCAGUCAGUAUGUGGUGAAUGAGAUGAAAGCUUUGGAGCUUGAGGAGAAACACAUUGACACCCGAGCAGCAGUGGUGGAGCGCAGACUGAGACGCCACAUGGAGACAGGUAGUGAUAAGGAGCAGGAGGAGAAGCUGAUACAGGAGUGGUUCACACUGGUCAAUAAGAAGAAUGCUUUGAUCAGGAGACAGGACUAUCUGGAGAGUCUGCAGCAGGAACAGGACUUAGAGAGGAGGUUUGAGCUCCUGACCCGAGAGCUCAGAGACUUGAUGGCUGUCGAAGACUGGCAGAAGAGUGAAGCUCAUCAGCACCGUGAAGCACUUCUCCUGCAGGAACUUGUCUCUCUGGUCAAUCAGCGUGAUGAGUUAGUCAGAGACAUGGACGCCAAGGAGAGAGGGGCGCUGGAAGAGGACGCUCGCCUGGAGCGAGGUUUAGAGCUUAGACGCAUGAAAUACAGCAGCAAGGAGAAGUGUGUGCUGCAGUAGAGACACACAGCGUCCUGACACACUCUCAAACGUGUGUGUGAGAGAGAGAAGAUGUGUAUCAGAACUGUUGGUUUAUCAAAGUGCAGCAGCACCUCUACAACUGCACUGUAUCAGAGCACAGAAAUGCAUUCUGGGUAACUUAGUACACACUGAUGUUUUUAUCACAAAAACUUUAAAUAAGAGAGAAAUGGUCAAGGGGACAUGGGGACAUGGGGGACAUGUUAAACAAAGAAAUUGUUGGGUAUGCAGAUGUGACCUCUGACUUUCAGGAGUGCCUCAGUGUGUUAUCACAAUUUGGACCUCAUGGCCCAUCACUGGCAUCAUCAUCAUCUUCAUCAUGUUUAUAAUAAAGAGCUGCACCAUAAUGUGUCGUUUAAUUUAAACUUCCUAAUUUAUCUCUCUGUCUCUUCAUAUAUCUUCAAAAAGGUGAAGACUGGAGUUCAGCUGUUACAGUACAAAUAAAAAACAAAUAAAACACAAGUAUAAUCUUCCUUAACUGGUAAUUGGGGUAAAUAUUUUAAUACAGUGGGGCAAUUAAGCAUAAAACACAUCCACAGCUAAAGAAACUUUUCGGUGCAUAAGGAUGGUCUAACAGUAAAGACUUCAGCUUCAGGUUGCUUGUGUCAGUGUUCUCUGGGGUUUUUAGUUCAUCCUUUUUCAUAGUCUUUAAAAUGUGAAGAUUUCUUUGUGACGUGCUUAGUGAUGUUGAUCUUCAGACUGGUUUCCUUUCCUGUAUGUUUUGGAUCAUUGUCCUGCUUGAAGCUUAUUUAUACUUAUUUACACCACUGUAUUAAUCUUUACUCUGAUUUUAUUUUGGUUUCCUUUUUAUUAUUUAGAUUUGUGUAAUUUUAUAAGUGUGAUAAACAUCGUCCUCUCUGGAUUUUACAGAACUUUAUGUUGUCAUGCAGUUUGUGUUAAAGUUGAUUAAUGUUAAUGUUUUUAUUUUAAGUCUUUAUAGUGCCUUUAAAGGUUUGAUACCUUUUUUUUGAAAGAUACUGUUUUUCUGGGUUGUGAAAUUAUUUAUUUUGUGUUUUGUGGUGAUUUGACUGGAUUGUUUUUAUGUGUCUGUCUGUAUUCCUUUUGUUUAAAGGUUAGGAAAAGACAUUUAUUUAGUAAUUACAAAUUAUAUUAGAUCAUUCUGUUAAAUAUUGCUGCUUUCUAGAAACAGGAAGUAUAAUAAAUUCCAUUCUUUAUUUUACUUUGAUAUAAGCGUUUAAACUGAUGUUCAUACAGUAUUAAAGUUUUUAUUUUCCAUAUGAUGCUGAGAGUAAAGCUUGACUCUGAUUGGCUACUGAAAUGACCAAUCAGUGGCUUUCCUUUAAUUAGCCUGACAUUUUGACGUGUUUAUCGUGUAUUAAUAAAGUUUAUUCCUGCUUUA